CAGGUUAAUCGGCAGCACUCAUUAACCGGCCCUGAUAUUGUGCUCUCUCAAGCCUGAAUCUCCAUCCUGCCUCCGUCCCUCCCCAGAAAGGAAAGAACAUGGCAGCUGCGACUGCAAGGCAGCUGUUGGUCCACAGGAUCACAUCCUCCUGCUCCUCAGGGACGCUUCCGAAGCACACUUCCAGUUGCUUCCAAGCCGGAGGCUGGAACAAGGCCGCGAAGCUCCCCAGUUUCAGGGCAAGGGUGACCGUGAAGCCGCCGUGCGCCGUGCCGGGGAAGGGCGGCAUUGUGCCGGCCGACGACGACGGGGUCAGCCUCGGCACCGUGAAGCUGCCGGCCAACAUCGACGUCGCUCGGUUCGAGGGGUUGCUCUUUCAGUGGGGGAACAGUCUCUGCCAAGGCGCCAUGUUGCCACUGCCAGUGCCUAUCAAGGUGGACAAGGUGGAGGGUGGGAUCAGGCUAGGGUUCAUCGGGAUCGACGACGGUGCGACCUCGCUGCUGGCCUACAUCGACUGCCUGGUGUCUCCGGCGACAGACGGCUCUGGGUUUGUGUUCCGAGCCAUCAGGAACGGUGCUAUGAAGGACAUGGAGCCGCCUGGGGAGCCCAGGAUCAUGAGGAGCCUCCUCAUGGCGCUUCAGAAGUCCAUUCAGAUUGCGCGAGUUUGACAAGCCUGUUCAGAUUGUGCAAACUUGACAAGUCUGCUAAAUUGUGCAAGUUUGACAGUGAUUAAGGAACAUGAUGCAGCAGGAUUAUCAUUCUCUGUUGAUACAACUUGUAAUCCCUAAGUAUUCUUCAAGGUCUCCUUUCAUGUUCUCUUCCAAGAUAAAGAUAUAAAUUCCAUUAGAGGAAGUAAAGCUAAACAACUCCACUGUCUUCUCUUUA